CGGCGCCGGCUCCUCCCGGCCGCCCGGGGCCAAGGCGACGUGAGGUUGUAAAAAUCCAUGUGGGACGGCCCCCGGGCGAGCAUCGGAAAGAUCUCUGAUUGGAGUCAUUUCCUGGUACAGACUAUGGAAAGAAUGCAGUGAAAAUUCUGGCCAACAUUGAAAAUAUUGACUUAAUCUCCAACUUAGUAUAAUAUUUUUUCUCUUCAGUAGCACCUCAUAGUAGAAGAAAAAUGUAUGGAAGUGCGAGAACAAUCACUAAUCUGGAAGGUAGCCCUUCUAGAUCACCUCGUUUGCCAAGGUCUCCUCGUUUGGGCCACCGAAGAACAAGUAGUGGGGGAGGUGGAGGAACAGGCAAGACUCUGUCCAUGGAGAAUAUCCAGUCCCUUAAUGCAGCCUAUGCUACAUCUGGACCCAUGUAUCUGAGUGACCAUGAAGGGGUGGCUUCGACGACUUACCCAAAAGGCACCAUGACUCUGGGAAGGGCCACAAAUCGAGCUGUUUAUGGGGGCCGAGUCACAGCCAUGGGGAGCAGUCCCAAUAUUGCUUCUGCUGGACUUUCUCACACAGAUGUCCUUUCAUACACGGAUCAACAUGGUGGUCUGACCACCUCAUCCCAUCAUCACCACCACCAGGUCCCCUCUAUGUUGAGGCAGGUAAGGGAUAGCACAAUGUUAGAUCUUCAGGCCCAGCUCAAGGAACUUCAGAGAGAGAAUGACCUCCUCCGGAAAGAGCUAGACAUUAAAGAUAGCAAGUUGGGAUCUUCUAUGAACAGUAUCAAGACCUUCUGGAGUCCUGAGCUCAAGAAGGAGAGAGUCUUGAGGAAAGAAGAGGCAGCCCGGAUGUCUGUCCUCAAGGAGCAGAUGAGGGUUUCCCAUGAGGAAAAUCAGCACCUGCAGCUGACAAUCCAGGCCCUUCAGGAUGAGCUGCGAACUCAGAGAGACCUCAAUCACCUCCUGCAGCAAGAAAGUGGCAACCGUGGGGCUGAACACUUCACUAUUGAGCUGACAGAGGAAAACUUCCGGCGGCUCCAAGCUGAGCAUGACAGACAGGCCAAGGAGCUAUUCCUUUUGAGGAAGACAUUGGAAGAAAUGGAGCUGAGGAUUGAAACACAGAAACAGACCCUCAAUGCCCGAGAUGAGUCAAUUAAAAAGCUCCUCGAGAUGUUACAGAGUAAAGGUUUGCCGUCCAAAAGCCUUGAGGAUGACAAUGAACGGACGCGUCGGAUGGCAGAAGCUGAGUCUCAGGUCAGCCACUUAGAAGUGAUUUUAGACCAGAAGGAGAAGGAAAACAUACAUCUUAGAGAGGAACUGCACCGAAGAAGCCAACUUCAGCAGGAACCAGCCAAGACGAAGGCUCUCCAGACUGUCAUUGAAAUGAAGGACACAAAAAUUGCUUCAUUGGAGCGAAACAUAAGGGAUCUUGAGGAUGAGAUCCAGAUGUUAAAAGCCAAUGGUGUACUGAACACUGAGGACCGUGAAGAAGAGAUCAAACAAAUAGAGGUUUACAAAAGUCACUCCAAGUUCAUGAAAACCAAGAUUGAUCAGCUGAAGCAGGAGCUUUCAAAGAAGGAGUCGGAACUUCUUGCCUUACAAACAAAGCUUGAAACUCUUAGCAAUCAAAACUCAGAUUGCAAGCAACACAUUGAAGUGCUUAAAGAGUCACUUACUGCCAAAGAACAGAGGGCUGCCAUCCUUCAGACUGAGGUGGAUGCACUGAGAUUACGAUUGGAAGAAAAAGAAUCUUUUCUCAAUAAGAAAACAAAACAGCUGCAGGAUCUCACUGAAGAAAAGGGGACACUGGCUGGAGAAAUUCGUGACAUGAAAGAUAUGUUAGAAGUAAAGGAAAGGAAAAUCAAUGUUCUUCAGAAAAAGAUUGAAAACUUGCAAGAACAACUUAGGGAUAAAGACAAGCAAUUGACCAAUCUGAAAGACCGAGUGAAGUCCUUGCAGACAGAUUCCAGUAAUACUGAUACAGCAUUGGCAACGCUAGAGGGGGCUUUGUCAGAAAAGGAGAGAAUCAUUGAGCGCUUGAAAGAACAGCGGGAAAGAGAUGAUCGGGAAAGACUAGAAGAGAUAGAAUCCUUCCGAAAAGAGAACAAAGAUCUGAAAGAGAAGGUUAAUGCUUUACAAGCUGAACUGACCGAGAAAGAGUCUAGUUUAAUUGACCUCAAAGAACAUGCAUCUUCAUUAGCCUCAGCAGGGCUGAAAAGGGACUCCAAAUUAAAAUCUCUAGAAAUAGCCAUCGAACAAAAGAAAGAGGAAUGUAGCAAAUUGGAAGCACAGUUAAAAAAGGCUCAUAAUAUUGAAGAUGACUCCAGGAUGAACCCCGAGUUUGCAGACAGAAUAAAACAGCUUGAUAAAGAAGCAUCUUACUACCGUGAUGAGUGUGGCAAAGCCCAAGCAGAAGUUGACCGGCUGCUGGAGAUCCUCAAGGAAGUAGAGAAUGAAAAGAAUGACAAGGACAAGAAGAUUGCAGAACUCGAAAGCUUGACUCUCAGGCACAUGAAGGAUCAGAAUAAAAAGGUGGCCAACCUCAAGCACAAUCAACAGCUGGAAAAGAAGAAGAAUGCCCAGUUAAUGGAAGAAGUCCGCAGGCGAGAAGACAGCAUGGCUGACAACUCACAGCACUUGCAGAUAGAAGAACUGAUGAAUGCACUAGAGAAGACCAGACAAGAACUAGAUGCUACCAAAGCACGCCUUGCCUCAACACAGCAGUCCCUGGCUGAAAAAGAAGCACAUUUGGCCAAUCUUCGGAUAGAGAGAAGGAAACAGCUGGAGGAGAUCCUGGAGAUGAAACAGGAAGCACUGCUUGCAGCAAUCAGUGAAAAAGAUGCAAACAUUGCCUUGCUGGAAUUGUCUGCCUCUAAAAAGAAGAAGACACAGGAAGAAGUCAUGGCCCUCAAGCGGGAAAAAGACCGACUGGUUCAUCAGUUAAAGCAGCAGACCCAGAACAGAAUGAAGCUAAUGGCAGACAACUACGAUGAGGACCAUCACCAUUACCACCACCACCACCACCACCACCACCACCGAUCUCCCGGGAGGUCACAGCAUUCCAACCACAGGCCCUCUCCGGACCAGGAUGACGAGGAGGGCAUAUGGGCAUAGCCGGGCCUGUAAACCAAAGUUCCAGUUUUGUUUUGAGGGCUAUCAGAAGGGCUGAAAAAAGGGAAAAUGCAACUCUGCAGCAAUAUUCUGAUAAUCUAUUGCAGUGCAGUUCACAUCAUUGUCCGCCACCACCUGGAGCGGCUCAUCAGAACCGAAGAGGAGUUUCACUUUCAUUAUGGAGUACGAUUCUGUUCUACUUGAUAUUUCGUCACCCCGUGUCAUUUCUCAUGGAUUUGGAUAUGUUAGAAAGCAAGAAUGCAGAGGAGAAAAAUGACAGAUCCUUCAUUUUUCGUUGGGAUGUGGGCAUUUAAAACGUGACUAUCUCUUCUAAAUGUCAUGAUUUGAUAACGUUUUUAUUUUUGUUACUUAAACAUCAUUGGAUAAAUUUGAACUCCACAGAAUUUUAACUGUGGAUUCAGCUUCUGUUGGACAACUGGCUUCAUCUCCAGUUAUUCUGCUGGUUCAGUCACAGUGGUCAUUCCUAGUGCAUUAGAUUAUCAAAAAGUAGAGAUUUGCUGUGAAUGAGUAGUGUUGG